UUCUCUCUGCUUAUUCUGAAGCACUUGAAAUCUUCUUCUUUGUCUAUAUUUUGAGUGUGUUUGUUCCAUUUGAGGUGAAGACUUUGAUUGUCUACACCACUUGACAUGAUUACAUAGGCUAUCAAGACUUCUUCAAUGGAAAGAAGCCCUGAAAAGCUCUCUUCUUCUUCUUCUUCUUCUCCCUGCUCGACUGAGCUAAACAACAACAACAGCAAAAACAAAACUUGUCUCAACUUCAAAGAGACUGAGCUGAGGCUUGGCUUGCCGGGUUCACGCUCUCCUGAGAGGAAAACACCACAUGGGGUGUCUCUUUUUGGGAAAGACAUUGAAAACAACACUAAUGGGUUCUGUGUUACCCCUUUGAAGAAUAUUGUCUCUGGGGCUAAAAGGGGAUUCUCUGAUGCCAUUGAUGGAUCUUCUGGCAACUGGGGUCUGUCCAUUAAUGGUAAAUCUGAGGCUGAUUUGUGUAAAGGAGGUGUUCUGUAUUCUCCUAGAGGUGGUGGUUUGGAUGAUAAAAGUAAGAUGAUAAAAGAGGCUGCAGGAGUUGUGCCUCUUUCUCCAAAGCCAACAGUUCCGGAGAAGAAAAAUCAAGUUCCUGCUGCUAAUGAGCCUAGUAGUGCUCCUGCUGCAAAGGCACAGGUGGUGGGAUGGCCACCAAUCAGAUCAUUCAGGAAGAACACUAUGGCCUCUAAUUUGGCAAAGAACAAUGAUGAUGCUGAAGCCAAGUCAGGAUCUGGGUGUCUCUAUGUAAAAGUUAGCAUGGAUGGUGCUCCAUAUCUAAGGAAAGUUGAUCUCAAAAUCAACAGCAAUUAUGUGGAACUCUCAUCAGCUCUUGAGAAAAUGUUCAGUUGCUUCACCAUUGGCCAGUGUGAUUCUCAUGGACUUCCAGGGCGAGAUGGCCUGAGUGAGAGUUGUUUGAUGGAUCUUCUCCAUGGUUCUGAAUAUGUGCUUACAUAUGAAGACAAGGAUGGUGAUUGGAUGCUCGUUGGCGAUGUACCUUGGGAUAUGUUCACCGACACUUGUAGAAGACUAAGAAUCAUGAAAGGUUCAGAGGCCAUCGGACUGGCUCCAAGGGCAAUGGAGAAGUGCAAGAACCGAAGUUAGUUUGAAAAGGGUAUAUUGAAAACGCCAAAAAGAAAGUAAUUUCUGAAGAUCGUCAAAGUGUUUUGAGUUCAGCUUUUUGCUUAAGAAUCAUAUAUAUUAUCAAAUAUCACAAGUUUGAUGUAUUUAAUUAGUUAUUUUGGGGAAAACUUCCUCCUAGACAGAAAUAUAGCCCUGGAGAUAUCCUCGUAGUUAAGUUUGUCUUAAGUCUAUUUUUGCUCCUCUUUGUCUUUUUUGUGUAUUCUAAUUGAUGUAUAAAUGGAUGAUGGCUUGCUUAUUAGUCUCCCCUCUCUCUCUCUCU